UUCAACUUUUUAUAUCUUUCUUUCAUGGGUUUUAGGUUUUGUUUUGUUUUCAUUCCCCUACGUCACAGUUGGAGUUGGAGUUGAAGCCAGAAGAAGCCAAUUGAACUUGCUCCCGUGCAAAAGCUACGUCUUCCCUUUGGGAUUUCAUUUUGCAAACUCUUUCUUUUGUAUGAGACGUUGGGUUGGUUCCUCUCACGGUCACGGGUUCGUGAAUUUUGCAUUUCUGAGUUGAAUUAAGGCAAGAACGCAAAGAUUUCAGUUAAUUCCGUACAAAUUUUCUUUUCUGGAUAGCACUGAAGUUAAGCUUUCAAGAGCAGUAAUGGUGACUAGUGUGGUGGAUCUCCGCUCUGACACUGUGACCAAACCAAAUGAGGCAAUGCGGGCUGCGAUGGCUAAUGCUGAAGUUGAUGAUGAUGUACUGGGUCAUGAUCCAACAGCCUUUCGCCUUGAAACAGAGAUGGCGAGGAUCAUGGGCAAGGAAGCAGCCCUCUUUGUUCCUUCUGGGACCAUGGGUAACCUUAUCAGUGUGCUUGUUCAUUGUGAGAUUAGGGGUAGUGAAGUCAUUGUUGGAGACUAUUCCCACAUCCACAUCUAUGAGAAUGGAGGCAUUUCGACAAUUGGGGGUGUACAUCCGAGGACAGUGAGGAAUAACAAAGAUGGGACAAUGGAUAUUGAUCUAAUUGAAGCUGCCAUCAGAGACCCUAAAUUGGAACUUGUUUAUCCAACCACUAGGCUUAUCUGCUUGGAAAAUACACAUGCAAACUGUGGUGGUAGAUGUCUUCCUGUUGAGUAUAUAGACAAAGUUGGGGAACUAGCGAAGAAACAUGGAUUGAAACUUCACAUUGAUGGUGCCCGUAUAUUUAACGCAUCGAUUGCUCUUGGAGUUCCUGUUAAUAGGCUUGUGAAGGCUGCUGAUUCUGUUUCGGUAUGCCUAUCCAAAGGUUUGGGUGCUCCAGCUGGAACUGUCAUUGUUGGUUCCAAGGAUUUUAUUGCUAGGGCAAAGAUUCUGAGGAAGACCUUAGGUGGUGGGAUGAGACAAGUUGGAAUUCUGUGUGCUGCUGCCUUAGUUGCAGUACAAGAGAAUGUUGGAAAGCUUGAGGGUGAUCACAAGAAUGCCAAAACUUUAGCAGAAGGUUUGAAUAAAAUCAAAGGACUAAAAGUGGAUGUUGAUUCAAUUGAGACUAACAUGGUGUAUUUUGAUAUUUUAGAGGGUGCACAUAUGACAGCCCAGGAACUCAGGAAGAAACUGGAAGGAAAGGGUAUACUUGUAAAUAUGAAGAGUUCGUCCAGAAUCAGGCUUGUCCUUCACUACCAAAUUUCAGAAAGCGACGUGCAAUACACCUUGGCAUGCUUUCAGCAAGCUUUAACUGGAGCCCCAGAUGAAAACAAUGGCAAGUGAGAAAGAAACACAAAAGGAUCACAGCUAUUUCCAUCUGUAAUAAAAGCAAUGAGUUCCCUUGUGUUCUACAUAACCGUGUCUUCUAUUUCCAGUUUGUAAGUAAAUUUCUAGUGGUUCAUGCAAAUUCUCAGGUCCUUAAGGGGUAAGGAAGUGAUGAUUAAUAAAGCAGGAGCAGUAGUGUGCUGUAAACUGUAAAGGCUUAUUAUGAGGAGAGAGGGGAUUGCCCAAUCCCAGUCCCAGUCUGCUCCAUUAUAUUCCUCCUAACAGACACACGGUGAUUUAAAUAAAAUUGUUGAUGAUUAUCGAUGAUAA